CAGAUCCGUUUUGGUUGUGUGCCACUAGUUGCCAUAGAGCGAUUGGCCUCCCUGCUGCUAUGCCUAAUGUAAUGGGAGUGCAGAGCAACUUCCAUACGGCGGCAGCGCAUGCAAAACAUUUUUCACCCGCAAAAGGGACAGGAGGAAAAAAGUGGAUCGAUAUUGUGAAAGCGACUCUGGCGACGCGUUUUAAAAAUUGCCAUACACGCGACGGCCAUUCGCUGAUCAACUCGCACAGAAAAACCCUGGAAGACUGAUAAGUAGGAAAAAUGAUUGAUGAAAAAUUGGAGGAUUUAAUGCGAAAGGGUGAUACAACAGAAUUCAACAGAAUAUUGAAAACAACAACCGACUUCGAUCCUAAUUAUCUUCUGCGCCAAAUCUGCAACUCCGACAGCGUCAAGGAGGAAACGCUUGCGACGUUUGCAACAAACCUACUGGAAAAAUUUGACGCUCAUGGAAUUGUAAGUCCCAUUCCCAUUCACUUGGCAGCGGAAAAGGGCCGAGCAAUCUUACUGGCCACCCUUAUUAAUCACCCAAAACACCCUGCUGACGUCACCGUUGUCAAUUAUUAUGGCGAAACGGCUAUUAACUCUGCAGUUCGAGGUGCAGUAGAGAGGAAGGAAAAAGACCCGAAGAGUGAGGAAAACGCUCUUAAAUGCAUCAAACUCCUGGUGGAUAAGAACUGCAGCAUUCACGUCAGGGACAACGUGUCCAACAAAUUCACGCCGGUUCACUUGGCAGCGAAAAAUCAAUUAUGGCAACUGGUGGAAUUUUUUCUCGAACAAGGAGUGAACAUCGACGUGGAAAUUGGGAACGAAACGGCCAGGCAGUUUAUAGAGGAUUUCAACCCAGAGUGGGAGAAAAAUUACAAAGGAGACACGACCAAGGGCGAGGACAGCAGGGAUGUGCUGAUUUCCCAACUGGAAAAUAACAGAAACACCAACAAAGAGGAGAUUUUUCAAAACUGGAUGAAAGACAACGAAUCGAGUCUCAGGGUCAACGAUCCCUGCAAAGGAAGAUAUACCUUUUUGGAGUGCGCCAUUAAAAACCGAUUACCUGCAAUGGCCCGCGAGCUCAUCGAAAGAGGGGCAAAUCCGAAUCCUGCGUUCAUUCUUGCUCUGAUGGCGGGCGAGCAGUACUUGGACAUAUUGAAGGAGUCCAAGUUCAAGCUGGAUAUUAUGCAACUGGCUCAGGGCGACUCAAAGCACACUGUCCUUCACAAGGCAGUGCUGUCUGAAAAACCCACCGUGAGCGUGAUCGAUUUCUUGCUCAAAGAGGCCAAGAGGCAACAAAUAGAGGACUUUGACUUGUGGAUUAACGCGAGGGAUUACAACGGGUGCACCGCCCUUCACCUCGCAUCUAAACGCCAUUUAAAAGAUGUGAUCGCAACUCUACUGCGAAAUAAGGCGAAUAUGUUUGUUUGCAACAAUUUCGAUCUGCCCGCCUUCUACCACAUUCGGCCAGAGCAGAUCGAAGAGCAUCUCAACGAACAGAUACAGCUCACUGCCUCACUAAAUGAUGAAAAUUACGGAGUUAUUUUUGACCUGGGCUUCCUCAACAUUCCCCGCGGAAUACACAAGACAAAUGAGGAGCAAAAGAAGGGUGGUAAAGAAAUAUACCACCCAGUUGAAAAAGAUGAAAACAAAAGAGAGCAAUUCAAAAACGAAACAAUAUACCCUGAAAUGGAGCCUCUUAUUAUGCUUGCGGAAUCGCCCAUUCACAACUCAUUACUGCAGCAUCCCGUUGUUAGAGUCUUCCUGCAGCUCAAGUGGCAGCGCCUUUACUGGUUUUAUUGGCUCAACUGCAUUUUUUACCUCAUCUUCGUGAUAUCUUUCUUCGCAUUUGUCUUCAGCAUCGACUUGAAGAAAAUCGACAGCGAUGGCGCUUUUAAUUCAACCAGUUUAAGUGACAAAAACGACGAUGAAAAUCUUUACUUUAAACACCACCAUCUAUUUCAAAUGACCACCGCUGUAUUGACCUUUUUCUUAGCCCUGAGAGAACUCUCACAAGCUCUGUUCCUCACAGAAAAAUACUUAUUGAAUUGGGAGAACUGGCUCGAAGUGCUCAUCAUCCUGCUAACAUUUUUACUGCUGAUUGCACCGUUCAGCAAGGCCCUUGCCUCCGCGCUUUCGCUUCUAAUCUGCCUGGAAAUGUUUCUCCUGAUGAGCCGGUAUCCGCGACUCGCAAAUUACAUCCACAUGUUUUUCCAAGUAGCCCGAAACUUUGUGAAGUUUCUUUCGUGGUACUUUUUGAUGAUUCUGGCGUUUGGAUUUUCCUUUUAUAUACUCUUCCCACACUGCAAAGGAAACCCAGAGGAUGGCUGCAAAAUAUUUUUCAAUACCAUCCCUUAUUCAAUUUUCAAGACAGUUAUAAUGAUUUCCGGCGAGUAUGAAUCCGGCGAUUUGAAGUUUGACCACGUUUCCAUCGUGAGCCACCUAAUUUUCAUCGCGUUCCUCUUUUUCAUUUCAAUCGUCAUGGUUAACCUGCUCAACGGUUUGGCAGUCAGCGACACGCAGCAGAUAAAAAACGACGCCGAACUGAUAUUCUGCAAGUCUCAAGCGAAAUUUUUCCACGACAUUGAAACAACCCUUUUAAUGACCUACCGCGAGGGAGGCCGCUGCCCCGCGGCGCUAAGAUCAUUUGCGCGUUGGAUGAGCAAGAAAAUUCUUCUAAUUGACAACCUUCUAGCAAAACAAGAAAAUACAGUAACAGUUUUGCUAAAUAAAAACAACGAAGUCAAGCCCGACGUUCGUUUGUACAAGGACAACGAAAUUUGCAUGCUGUUUUGCGCUUGCAAAAUGUUCCCAUCUGGAGUGCGAAGAAUAUGCAACAAAUACAACACCAUCGUCAGAGACGCUCUUUUAAUUGUUAACAAAAAUGAAGAGCGCGAAAAUGAGGUAUCCGCACGUCUUCAGCGCCUUGAAGAACUCGUCCAGACGCUGUUGCGUCAGAAACCAGCGAACAAUUAAAUUUAUAUCCUUCAUUAUCCUAAGUCCUACCGUUUCUGCAUGUAAAUCUACGCACUGAUAAUAGAGGUCUCGCGUUUAUCCGAUGGGAAUUUUGUCCGGAAGUGAUGGAGGGGCCAUCAACCAGCACGCUACCAGCUGCCGGUAAUUAUAAUAAAUAGACUACGAGUUUUCAAGCAAUAUUUUUUAAGAAGAACAAUAAACACGACUACUCUAAGGGGCACACCGGAGACACCCCUUUUACCGCCAAAUCAGAGUGCCAGUGGAUUCAGAAAUUUGGAAGGCGCAGCCGCGGGUUCUGCUAGCUCGCAACUUUACCGUCUCGUGCCGUCAGCAGCAGCGACAUCGAGCAAAACAAAGCUCGGUGGGCCUCAAAGGGCAUAGACAGCCAUGU